AGAGUUUUGGCGGGAAAAGCGCUGCAUUUGGAUUCCUGUGGUGGCGGGCAAAGGACGGCCUGCCGUGGUCCAUCGUGGAGUCAUGGCAGUGCCCUUUGUGGAAGACUGGGACUUGGUGCAAACCCUGGGAGAAGGUGCCUAUGGAGAGGUUCAACUUGCUGUGAAUAGAAGAACUGAAGAAGCAGUUGCAGUCAAGAUUGUAGACAUGAAGCGUGCCAUAGACUGUCCAGAAAAUAUUAAGAAAGAGAUCUGUAUCAAUAAAAUGUUAAAUCAUGAGAAUGUAGUGAAAUUCUAUGGUCACAGGAGAGAAGGCAAUAUCCAGUAUCUAUUUCUGGAGUACUGUAGUGGAGGAGAACUUUUUGACAGAAUUGAGCCAGACAUAGGCAUGCCUGAACAAGAUGCUCAGAGGUUUUUCCAUCAACUCAUGGCAGGGGUGGUUUAUCUGCAUGGUAUUGGGAUAACUCAUAGGGAUAUUAAGCCAGAAAAUCUCCUAUUGGAUGAAAGGGAUAACCUCAAAAUCUCUGACUUUGGCUUGGCAACAGUGUUUCGACAUAAUAAUCGUGAACGUUUAUUGAACAAGAUGUGUGGUACUUUACCUUAUGUUGCUCCAGAACUUCUAAAGAGAAAAGAAUUUCAUGCAGAACCAGUUGAUGUUUGGUCCUGUGGAAUAGUACUUACGGCAAUGUUGGCUGGAGAAUUGCCAUGGGACCAGCCCAGUGACAGUUGUCAGGAAUAUUCUGAUUGGAAAGAAAAAAAGACAUACCUCAACCCUUGGAAAAAAAUUGAUUCAGCUCCUCUAGCUUUGCUGCAUAAAAUCCUAGUUGAGAAUCCAUCAGUAAGGAUUACCAUCCCAGACAUCAAAAAAGAUAGAUGGUACAACAAACCUCUCAAGAAAGGGGCAAAGAGGCCCCGAGUCACUUCAGGUGGUGUAUCAGAGUCUCCUAGUGGAUUUUCUAAGCACAUUCAAUCCAAUUUGGACUUCUCUCCAGUGAACAGUGCCUCUAGUGAAGAAAAUGUGAAGUACUCCAGUUCCCAGCCAGAACCACGGACAGGUCUUUCUUUAUGGGACACCAGCCCUUCAUAUAUUGAUAAACUGGUACAAGGGAUCAGUUUUUCCCAACCCACAUGUCCUGAUCAUAUGCUCUUGAAUAGUCAGUUACUUGGCACCCCAGGAUCCUCACAGAACCCUUGGCAGCGCUUGGUUAAAAGGAUGACACGAUUUUUUACGAAAUUGGAUGCAGACAAAUCUUACCAAUGCCUAAAAGAGACUUGUGAGAAAUUGGGCUAUCAGUGGAAAAAGAGUUGUAUGAAUCAGGUUACUGUAUCAACAACAGAUAGGAGAAACAAUAAACUGAUUUUCAAAGUAAAUUUGGUAGAAAUGGAUGAGAAGAUCUUGGUUGACUUCCGGCUUUCUAAGGGUGAUGGAUUAGAAUUCAAGAGACACUUCCUGAAGAUUAAAGGGAAGCUGAGCGAUGUUGUGAGCAGCCAGAAGGUUUGGCUUCCUGCCACAUGAGAGAUCCACUGGAUUCCUGGUGAAUAUAGUGCUGCUAUGUUGACAUUAUUCUUCCUAGAGAAGAUUAUCCUAUUCUGCAAACUGCAAACAAUAGUCUCUGAAGAGUUGUCUUCCCUCUAGCCAAACAUUUUCCAAUUCUUUUUGUAUGUUCUUCAUACAAACAAUACCUAUAUCUUCAUUGUAAGUAAAGCUUUGGGGAACGGAUGGAUAGAAUUCAUUAGAUAUUUCUUCAUCCUGUGUUUAGUGUCUAAAGACCCAUGUGCUGGAAACCAAGCUUUGGGGAUACAUGAGCUUACCACCUUUUAUACCAAUGUAAUGAAAGAUGAUAUUCUUGUAGCAUUGUUAACAAAACAUUUGGUUUCAUCCAAAAAGUAGGUGUUUCCUAUGUUGAUUUAAUUACAUGGAUGGAUUAGUAAUAAAGCAAUCCUGUGACUUUUGGACAGUAGAUUUAUCAGUCUAUAAAGUGAAGCCAACUUCAAAAAAUAUAUCCCCAAGAUUUGUACUUAUAUUUUCACAAGGGCCUUACCAAGUAUAUAAAUCUGUUUUUGAAUUAUAACUGUUACUUAAAAUUGCAAGUAGGUAUGUUUUCUCCAUUGUAGUUAAUAAUAUAUAAAAUACUGGUUGUCUUUCAAGUAGAAGUUGAGCGUGGACUCUAGUCCUUAACUACCUUUACUCUAAAAUUACUAUUGCACAUUUAAAAUAUUUUUCUAU